AACUGAACCGAACUGAACCGAGGGCCAGUAGAACGGCUCCUAGAAGUGAACGCUAAUCCGACUCGGAGGGUAUCAUGGAGUCGGAGCCGCACACUCCAAGUCGGCACGAGAAGAGCCUGGGGCUGCUCACGAGCAAGUUCGUGUCGCUGCUGCAGGAGGCGCGAGACGGAGUACUGGACCUUAAGGAGGCAGCUGACAUCUUGGCAGUUCGGCAGAAGAGGCGCAUCUAUGACAUCACCAACGUUCUGGAGGGAAUCGGCCUAAUUGAGAAGAAGUCCAAAAACAGCAUCCGGUGGAAGGGUGUUGGUCCUGGCUGCAACACGCGUGAGAUUGCUGAUAAGCUGAUAGACCUGAAAGGGGAGCUAGAGGAUCUGCACCAGCGGGAACAAGAGCUGGACCAGCAGAGGCUCUGGGUCCAGCAGAGCAUCAAGAACGUGACAGAUGAUACUCAGAACAGCCAAUAUCCUUUAAGCACAUUAGUACUCUUCCAAAAUCCACCUCGGUGUCAGACCUCUGUGGGGUUUUGUCUGCUGUGUGUCUGUCAGGGGGGAACCAGCACACCUAGGGACGCGUUUGCACACAUGGUCCUUAACACAGGCGAACACUGGCUUACGUUACUCACGAUGACAUCUGCAGCUGCUUCCAAGGUGUUCAAUGGUUGCAGAAAAUACCAGAUGCACUUGAAGAGCACAGCAGGCUCCAUCGAAGUGUUGCUGGUUAACAAGGAUGCGCCUGGCUCCACCCCUGUGGUGCUGCCUGUCCCACCUCCCAAGGACACAUUCCAAGGGUUUGCCACAUCGCCUGCUCCCGCCACCCCUAAAGAAGCGCCACAGAGUGUGGAGGGUCCUACAGUGGCCACCUCCACUGUCAGUAUGUCGGAGCAGAGUUCUGUACUUUCCAGUGGCUGCAAUGUCUCUCUACUUGCUCCCCCCACUGAAAGUUCACUGCCUUUGGACAUCCGGCCACUGCAGAGCUCCUCUACGUUGGACCGCAGCUCCUCAGUCCCACUUCCCUCAGCAGUUUUUGAACCAAUCAAAUCUGGUCUGUCAGAAUUGAUGGAGUUUCCUAAGAAUCUCUCUGAGGCGUUUGAGUCUUCUAAAGAGAUUACAAGUGCAGAUCUCCUGGAGGAGUUAAUGGCCUCAGAAGUCUUCUCUCCACUACUGCGACUGUCGCCUCCACCUGGUGACCAUGACUACAUCUACAACCUGGAUGAGAGUGAAGGCCUCUGUGACCUUUUCGAUGUGCCAGUCCUUAAUGUUUGACUUUUGAACUCUGUUUUGUGGGACUUGUACAUAGGUAUUUGACUAACAGCAAAAAUAAUAUUUUUGUAACUUUUGACAAAACAGACUUCAAAUUUUUUUGGAUUCCAUUUGACUGCGUGUGUGUGUGUGUGUGUGUGUGUGUGUGUGUCAU